CGAUAGUAGUGUGAUGCCUCUGUAGUACUUGCACUUGCUCAGAUAUCCUUUCUCUGUAUAUUGUUCUUCCUCCAAAUUCAUUCUGUAUAAAACAUGGAGCAUGUUAGCGGCUACUUCUAUGUUCAACUUCAGUGCUUCGGCUGGUAUGUUGUCAAGUCCCGCCGCCUUCUUACUCCUCACUUGUCUGAUGGUCAUCCUGAUUUCUACCAUCGUUUUACAGUGACAGGUAUACGAUGUUCUGUCGGUGCUGCUUCAAUGUCCGGUAGAUUCAAUGGGGCUGGUCUAUUCAAGACUUCCUUGAAGUAUUCUCCAUUGUAUGUUCCUCAGUUCUUGAAUCUCGGUGACAGGCUUGCUCUCUUCGUGCUUGACUCGUCUCUCUGGUUCACUAUAUUUCCCCACAAAGUUCUUCGUCUUAUCACAUAGUUGUUUCAUAUUUCCUUCUCUUGCAACUUUCUUCGCUGUCAUUGCUAGAUCUUCCACAUAUUUCUGCUUGUCAGACCGAACUCUCCCCUUCAUUUGCUUGAUUGCGUCUCUGUAUUCAGCUUGUGUGUUGACCUGCUCCGUUCUUGUUCGGCUGUUUUCAAUUGAUGUCUUCUUCUUCUUCUUCCUUUCUUGAAUCCUGUCCAGAGUUUCCACGGAGAACCAUUCCUCAUGAUGAUGCUUCUUGUGACCCAGAACCACUUGACACGUUGUAGUUAGUGCCUCUUUCAUUCCUUUCCUCCAUAGUAGUUUCUUCGUCUUUGAGUGGAUCUUGUAAGGCUUGAAACCUGUUGUCGAGAGCCAUCUUGAAUUCGUUGAGUUUGUCAUUAUCUCGAAAAAGUGUCUACUGACCCUUUCUUAUGUUAUUUGUCCAGUUGCCCAGUGCUUCUUUAGCUUCAGCCUCAUCCUGGCAACCACCAGCUAGCGGUGAUCUUAAGCUAUGUCAGCUCCUCUCCUGGUUCACACGUCUUCUAUUGACCUUCUGAAUCUUUAAGUGAUGCAAAUAUGGUAGAUCUGGUUCUGUGUAGUUUAACCCGAUUGAACACAUGUAGAUUUGUGUAUGCGUUUGCAUGGAAAUACUGUGCCGCCUAUAACCAUUUUGUUGAACGCACAUAAAUUUGCAACUCUCUCAUCAUUCUCGUUCCUUUCGCCCAGUCGUUCAAUGCCGUCCCAUGAUAUCUUCAUAUCCGGUGUUGUCCACUCCAACUUUGGCGUUUAGAUCUCAUCAGGAUGGUCAGUUCCUUUCUUCAG